AUGCCAUUGGCUUGCCUGAUUGGAGGAAAGAUUCUGACAAUGCAUGGAGGAAUCAGUACGAAAUUGGAGAAUUGGAAAAACUUUGAGACUAUCCAGAGACCGCUUGUUGAAGUUUCUGACAAUGCACUGGCACAAGACCUUAUCUGGGAAGAUCCAGCUGCAGAUGAAUCUUUGGAUGCUCUUUCGCGAGAACCUAAAUGGAGCAAAAACGCACUCCGUGGCCUAUCAUGCACUUUUAAUUCGCAGUGUGUGGAUGAUGUCUGCAAAACAUUCAAAAUUAAAUUAAUCAUUCGUGCUCAUCAGAUGAUCCCGGAUGGAUUUCAGUUCACGGCUAACAAAAAAUUGCUCACAAUCUUCUCUGCACCCCGUUACAUGAAUGAAAACGAUAACCGUGGCGCUAUCGUCCGUAUUCGAGAAGAUGGAAAAUUCGGAAUAAUUGUCUUCAACAAGACGAUGGGUGGAAAGAAUCCAUUGAACGAAGAGCUGACACGUGCUGACUAUAUUCCGAAUGUCUCCGCGAAAAAGAAGUCUGAUACUGUCGUCAAUGAUAUCAAAACUGCUCUACAAACAGCUUUUUUUGACAGCAAGAGCUCUCAAAAAUGA